GAGAUCAUACCCCAGACGGACCUCCCCUCCGAACCUGGGGCAACACACGCCAUAAUGACUUACCCCAUCUAGCAUCCAGUAUAAAUACCAUCCACCUAUCUCUCCUCAUGCAUAAUCAUUAUCAAAGUCAAAAACAUCCUACAAACAACCAAACUCCUACAAAAACAAUGACAGACAACCUCGCCGCCGAACAAGCCGCCAACCUCCCCCGCCGCGGCAGAGCAAGUAGCGGCGAGCGCGACGACCGACUCCUACGACAAGCAGCAGACACCCGCUCAACCAUCAACACCAGCAACACUCGCAACCGACGUAGUUCGCGGCGCCCUCCCACACCAAACCGGAUGGCGGGCGCUCAUUCGGGGUCUGGAGCGAGGAGACGGUCGAAGUCGAGGUCUAGGGCGCCGUCGAAAUCGAGGUCCAGGGAGAGGAAGGUUGGUGAUUGACUUGCGGUACUUUGAUGGUGUUGAGGUUAUGUGUGGGGGAUGAGAUGGGAUAGGAUGGGAGGGGGUGUGGGCUAUGGAGAUGUUGAGAUAGGGUUUUGUUCAAAGGGUUAAUGGACACAUAUGUGCAUGCAUGCAAGUUGAUAUGGUGUGGAUUUUAGGGUUAGUUGUCAAGUAAAGUGGAGUAGAAAGUUUGUACGGCUGCUGGUUC